AUGGCUUCAGUUAAAGCAACGCGCCUCACCGUAGGCACUCCUGCUGCUGCUGAAAGCAGCAGCAACAGCAGCAGCAGCAGCAGCAACAGUAGCAGCAGCAGCAGCAUACCAGCUUUCUGCAGAGAAACCCUGGGAGAACCCCGAAAGAUAUUCAACAUCAACGACUACUAUGAACUGGGCCGCAAACUCGGAUCAGGAUACACUGCGAGUGUUUAUGAGGCUCGCUGUCGGAGGACUGGACGACUGCUUGCAGUAAAAAACAUCAAUAAAGCAAGACAAAGAUUAAUAACAACAGAAGAAAACUAUCGCUUGGUUUACUCCGCUCUCUCGCGGCUGCCACCGCAUCGACAUUUGCUGCUGCCUCCUGUUGCUGUGAUGGAGACAAAUACUCACUUCUAUAUUGUGAUGGAGUUAUGCAAGGGUCGCGACUUGGUGGAUUUUGUUUUGCGUUUUCCUGCGGGGGGGAUUUCAAUAUCUGCUUGUCGUCGAUUGCUGCAGCAGCUUCUCUUGGCUGUUAACUUUCUUCAUUCUUUUGAUAUACUGCAUCGCGAUAUAAAGUUAGACAACAUUGUCUUUCGCGGCGAAGCAAAAGCAGCAGCAGCAGCAGCAGCAACAGGAACAGCAGCAGCAACAUCAGCAGCAAAUGAAGAAGACCCUGGUGAUGUGGUGCUGCUAGACUUUGAUAUGUGUUUGCUGCUGCAGCAGCAGCAGCAGCAGAAGCAGCAGCAGCAGCAGCAGCAGAAGCAGCAAGAGUCUGCUGAAGUUGCUGUCGUAGGAACGAGAGAAUAUAUGGCGCCGGAGUGUUUUUCGGGUCAGUACAGCCGAGCUUCUGACAUGUGGAGUGUUGGCGUUGUUUUAUUUGUUUUAUUAGACGGACAUUUCCCUUUUGAUGUAAAUGAAUUAGGAGGUGCAGCAGCAGCAGCAGCAGCAGCAGAACCAGCAGCAGCAGCAGCAGCAGCAGCAGCAGCAACACCAGCAGCACCAGCAACACAAGCAGCAGCAGCUACAGACCGUUCUCAUCACCACCACCACCCUCUUCACCCCCACAACCACAACCAGCAGCAGCAGCAGCAGCAGCAGCAGCAGCAAAUAAGCAGCAGAGCGAUUCGUCGUUUGCUGAAGCGCGAGGUCUGCUUCUUCUCUGGUCUUCGCACUCGCGACCCUCUCGCUGUUCAUCUUAUCGAAGCGCUGCUCUCCUUUGACCCCAAAACCCGCAUGCAAACAGCUUUUGAGGCUCUGCAUCAUCCCUGGCUGCUGCCUGUCCCAUCUACUCUGUCGCUGCAGCAGCAGCAGCAACAGCAGCAGCAACAACAACAGCAGCAGCAGCAGACAGCCGGCGGUCAACUGCAGCCGUGCGUCCCAGCAACAGCAGCAGCAGCAGCAGCAGCAGCAGCACUGACACCAACGGAAGCAUACCUCCGUCGAGAACGCUUUAUUGCUGCACCAGCACGAGUCCAGCAGCAGCAGCAACUGCAGCAGCAGCAGCAGCAACUCCAGCAGCAGCAGCAGCAGUCGCAGGGCCCCUGGAGUUCGAAGCCAACUAACUUUUCCUUCUCGCGAGGAACAGGAUAUGCAGCAGAACAGUACUUCAAGCAACAGUUUGCCCAGCAGCAGCAGCAGCAACUGCAGCAGCAGGCUCGGCAGCAACGCACAGCAGCAACAGCAGCAGCAGCAACAGCAGCACCGAAAAUUCUAAGGGAAUCGAAGACACACCAGCAGCAGCAGCAGCAGCAGCAGCAGCAGUACCACCAGCAGCAUCACCCCCACCACCACCACCACCAACAGCAGCAGCAGCAGCAGCAGCAGCAGCAGCAGGAUCAGAGGUUCUUUUUAGGAGGAAAUCAACACAGCGGUCCUACUGCCCGCGACUAUCACCUGCAGCGUUUGCUUCCUUCUAUUCACACGCAGCAACAGCAGCAGCAACAGCAGCAGCUGCAGCAGCAGAGGCAGCAGCAGCAACAGCGGCAACAGCAACUACAGGAGCAGCAGCGUCAACAGCAACUUCAGGAGCAGCAGCGGCAGCAACAACUGCAAGAGCAGCUGCUGCAGCAGAAGCAGCAAGAGCAGCUGCUGUUGCAGCAGCAGCAGGAACAGCUGUUGCAGCAGCAGCAGGAGCAGCUGCUGCAGCAGCAGCAGGAGAAACGCUGCAGCAUUCAUUAUGGUUAUUCUUCCCUCAGGCAAAGCAUUGAUAUAUCCUCCAUCGCCAGCACCCGUCUGCCCUCGUCGCCGCCUCCCUCCGCCCACUUAGACGAAUUCAAGCUGCAAGAUACACCACCAACAGCAGCAGCAGCAGCAGCAGCAGCAGCACCAACAGCAGCACCAACAGCAGCAGGAGCUGCUGCUGCUGCUGCGUCUAACGCUGCACUGCCCACUGCAGCACGGGUAGCAACGGCAUCCGCAGCACCCACAGCAGCAACAACAACAGCAACAACAGCAGCAGCAGCAGCAGCAGCACGUUGCAGUUGCUGCCCGACUUCAGGUGCCUCUUGCUGCAGCAAAUCCACAACAGCAAAAUUUGAGGCCCUCCCGCUGCGGCGAGGAGACUCUGCUGCUGCUCCAGCAGCUGCAGCAGCAGCAGCUGCUGCUGCUGGUGUACCUCACUGCCCGCAGCUGCAUCAAGGGCUUUCUCUUUUGCAGCGGCACCAGCAGCAGCGGCAGCGGCAGCAACAGCAGCAGCAGCACCGUCCACAGCACCAGCAGCAGCAGCAGCAGCAGCAGCAGCAGCGGCUGACAGGGUCUCAACGAACGGUAUCGCGUGCAGCGCCUCUAACAGGUGUCUCUUUAGUGCUGCAGCUGCAGCAGCGGCUGCAGCAGCAGCAGCAGCAGCAGCAACUCGCCCACCUGCAGACACGCCAGUUUCAGCUGCAGCAACUGCAGCAGCAGCUGCAGCAGCAGCAAACAAUGCACCGCAGCACCGCCUCAGGGGGGCCUAUACCUCUAGUAAGCAAAAACCCUCGCUUAGGUGUAGCUGCUGCUGCUUCUACCAUACCUUGCAGCAGCAGCAGUAGCAGUAGCAGCAGCAGCAGCAGCAGCAACAGUAGUAGCAGCAUCAGCAGCAGUAGGCACAGAGCCUAG